AUGGCCAAUGCGGAAGAACUUGUAAACGAGUACGAGGCACGGCUCCAAAGGAUCCAUUGGGAAGUUAACAAGUACGGGCGAACGGUGGGAAGAGACGACAAAAUCCCACCAGGCGUCGGAACGGCUUACCAUGACCCGGACACUCCAUGCGUCACGGACAUUGAAACCGUCCAUUCCUCCCAGUGUACAAACCCAAGACACUCCGAUUCACAAGUAUCAGUCGCAGUAAGAGAGGUCACUACCGAGGAAGCGGAGGGAAUACCUAUCGUACAGGAAACAACGGACGACGAAGACUCCAAGUUGGACCUAGAAAACUUGCAAAAGGUGUACGAAAAUUGGGACUUCGACUCCGAAGACGACGACGAUGAUGACGACACCUGGUCCUUUUACAGUCCAUCAGCACAGAGCGGGACGGAGAUGGCUAACAGAAGUUUGCGGUGGGAAACCUCGAGCAGGCUGGCGGCAGAGCUUGUCAGCGAUGUACAGUCCCUUAACGCAAGGACGGGAUGGAAUUUCCGAUUUGAGGAUGGUGCUGAGGUUUCUUACUCCAAUUCGAUGGACGGCAUGGGCCAAGCCAGAGCAUAUCGUCGGUUCUCGAUAUCUUCUUUCAAUACUCUUCCUUCAAUACCCGUGGAUGUCUCUCUCUCGCUUGCCUCGGCUUGAUGCGUAGAGGGUUACGGCUCAUUUUUUUAAAGCAACACCUCUUUUCCGGUAAAGGCACGACAGCGGAUCCAUUGGGUAUAAUGCCGCUCGGCGUCUCCGAUGGACAAUGUCGUGUAAUCCUAUCUAAUUAUCUUCCGGUCUUCCUUAUUGUAUUCACGAUUGUAUUUCUAUAUUCCGCGUUAAUGAUUACGCUGUUUUCAAGUUCUCUGCAUAAUAAUUAGCCGAGAAUUGAGCGGCACAACACUGAAGGAUCUGUAAUGCAACCUCA